UGUGUGUGUGUGUGUGUGUGACUGUGAGUGUGUGACUGUGAGUGUGUGACUGUGAGUGUUUGACUGUUAAUGUUUAGCUCAGACUUUAGAGGAGCCUCGUGCAGAAUGAGUUCAGCGGGAGGAGGGUCGUCCCUGCAGGUCCACGCGGUGCGGUUCGGUCCGGGUGAGGAGCUGCUGGAGUCUCUGCAGACGUUCGUGGAGGAGAAGCGACUCCGAGCGCCGUUCAUCAUCACCUGCGUGGGCAGCGUCACCAAGGCGACGCUCCGGCUGGCCAACGCCACGGCAACAAAUACAAACGAGGUGAUCCACCUCAGCGGACAGUUCGAGAUCGUCUCCCUGGUGGGCACACUGAACCGGGACGCCCACGUCCACAUCUGCCUGUCGGACGGGGAGGGCAGGACGGUCGGGGGCCAUGUGCUGGGAGACCUGGAGGUGUUCACCACGGCCGAGGUGGUCGUCGGCGAGGCGGUCGACCUGCAGUUCACCAGAGAGAUGGACGAGAGGACGGGCUUCCCCGAGCUCCUGGUUCAACCGCUAAACUGUGUGAAGGAGUAAAAACAGUUUACCUGAUACAUGUCUGCGGGUUUCAGUCUGUUCAGAGUCCAGUGAGUUUCUGUUCUGUGUGUGUCUCUUUGUUCU